AUGUGUCGAUGGGUAGAAUCGACCGAACGAUGUGUUUGGUAUGUUAAGUAUGGAAGUCAGGAUGACAAAUUGAACGACCCUGUUAGGGUGAAGAGAUGGCCGCUGCCCCUCUUGGGGCACUUUUUAAGGAGGCAUGCGAAGGCCUUUGUCGCAGACUCGUACGUACGAGUGGUCGUAAUCCAGAUGAGGAUGUCGAGACUCAAACGGUUGCCUGGGCACGCGCAUCUGCGUUGCGUGGGGCGUGUUUUGAAUCCGUACUCGAGGUGGCUCGACGACCUUCGUGGGAUUGAUGAAUGGCGUAAAGAGCUGUACCGACACUUUUGCUUGGAACCGGCAAAGAGUCUGGCCAUGGAUCCCCAGGGUCUUAAACAUGAUAAGUUCAUCAUUGCGUUCGACGAGUGCACCAACAUGGGUUCAACACGCGAACCUGCCGUUCCUCGACACGGAUCCCAAGAUUGCCCAUUUUGCGUGAAGACAGUUGCUGGGCGAGAAAUGGAUCUGAUAGGACGUCAGAUUGACGUCAAGCUGCCGAAGUCCGCUCUGAAG